UCUGUCGGAGGGUCUGCUGACCUCAUACUUUUUCAUGAAACGUUCAUCAGCUCUUCUGUCCGACGCAAACGCGUUGACGGUAAACGCGACCGGUGGACUUUGUGGAAUACUUAAUUUGACAGCGAACGGACGCGGAAUGGAUUGUUUUGUGUGAUUUGUUUUGACUGAAGGAUUUAACAGAAGCUCUUUAAGGGUUAAAAAGAAACAGAAGGAUACACGUUGACAAAAGACCCCUAUGAGGCUUCGAAAGUGAAGAGAGAAAACUAGUAAAAAAGCCAUAAGAUGGACCUGAAGCUACUUUUCAUAUCAACAUUAUUAGGGAUCAUUUGUUGCAGCCGCGCACAGCAAGAGGGCAACGAGUGCAUCAAAGCCAACGCUUUAUCCUGUGGCGAGUGCAUACAAGUGGGGGCUAAAUGUGGAUGGUGCACUGAUACCGAUUUUCUAAAACAGGGAGAACCGACAUCAGCACGCUGCGAUGAGCUUGAGUCACUCAAGAAAAGAGGCUGUUCGGCCACCAAGAUUGAAAACCCUCACGGAAGCCAAAAGAUCCUCAAGAACAAAUCAGUGACCAACCGCAAGAAAGCAGCAGCUAAACUUCGACCCGAGGACAUAACACAGAUCCAGCCUCAGAAACUCAGCCUCAACCUUAGAUCUGGGGAACCUCAAAAUAUCAAUCUAAAGUUCAAGAGGGCUGAAGACUAUCCCAUAGACCUGUACUACCUGAUGGACCUGUCCUACUCCAUGAAGGAUGACUUGGAGAACGUCAAGAAUCUAGGGACUAGUUUGAUGAAGGAAAUGUCCAAGAUCACCUCAGAUUUCAGGAUAGGUUUUGGCUCUUUUGUGGAGAAGACUGUUAUGCCGUAUAUCAGUACAACUCCAGCCAAGCUCCUGAACCCCUGCACAGGGGACCAAAACUGCACCAGCCCCUUCAGCUACAAAAAUGUGCUGAAACUCACCAGCAAUGGGACGCAGUUCAACAGUCUGGUGGGGCAACAGCAGAUAUCUGGCAACCUUGACUCACCUGAGGGAGGAUUUGAUGCUAUCAUGCAGGUUGCUGUCUGUGGAAACCACAUUGGCUGGAGAAAUGUUACCCGUUUGUUGGUGUUCUCUACUGACGCAGGUUUUCAUUUUGCCGGAGAUGGCAAACUCGGUGGAAUCGUGCUUCCCAAUGAUGGGAAAUGCCACUUAGAAAACAACAUGUACACGAUGAGCCAUUAUUAUGAUUAUCCCUCCAUCGCCCACUUGGUUCAAAAACUGAGCGAAAAUAACAUCCAGACCAUCUUCGCAGUUACAGAGGAGUUUCAGCCUGUUUACAAAGAACUUAAAAAUCUGAUUCCAAAGUCUGCAGUGGGAACGCUUUCAGCAAACUCCAGCAAUGUUAUCAAUCUUAUUGUUGAUGCCUACAAUUCUCUUUCCUCCGAGGUGAUCCUUGAGAACAGUAAGCUUCCUGAGGGAGUGACUAUCACCUAUCAAUCACACUGUAAAAAUGGAAUUGUGAAUGAGGGAGAAAAUGGACGGAGGUGCUCUAAUAUCUCAAUUGGAGAUGAGGUGUCGUUCAACAUUAAUAUCACAGCUCAAGGCUGCCCCAAACAAGGGAAAUCGGAAACCAUUAAGAUCAAGCCCUUAGGCUUUACUGAGGAGGUCGAGAUCGUACUCAACUUUAUUUGCGAGUGUGAAUGUCACAAGCACGGCAUCAACAACAGUGACAUGUGCCAUUUUGGCAAUGGAACGUUUGAGUGCGGAGCCUGCAGGUGCAAUAAGGGACGUGUUGGCAGGCAGUGUGAAUGCCGGAAAGAUGAGGUGUCCACCGAGGACCUGGACAAGAACUGCCGCAAGGACAACGGCACGGACAUCUGCAGCAAUAACGGCGAGUGUGUGUGUGGCACUUGUGAGUGCAAGAAGAGGGAAAAUCCAGAAGAACGCUACAGCGGAAAAUUCUGCGAGUGUGACAACUUCAACUGCGACCGCUCCAAUAAUAAACUCUGCGGAGGACACGGCCGCUGUGAGUGUAGGGUAUGCAUCUGUGACGCUAACUACACUGGAAGCGCGUGCGACUGCUCUCUGGACACCUCCACCUGCUUAGCCUCCAACAAGCAGAUCUGUAAUGGCAGAGGGAAUUGCGAGUGCGGGACCUGCAGGUGCACCGACCCCAAGUUCCAGGGGCCCACCUGUGAGAUCUGCCCCACCUGCCCUGGAGUCUGUACUGAGCACAAGGAGUGUGUGCAGUGCCGGGCGUUUGGCACAGGAGAGAAGAAAGACACGUGUGAGAGAGACUGUAGCUACUUUAACCUCAUCAAGGUGAAGGACAGAGAUAAGCUCCCUCAGCCGGUGCAGGCCUUCCCUCUCAUGCACUGUAAGGAGAGAGACGCCAACGACUGCUGGUUCUACUACACUUACGCCGUCAACAACAACACAGAGAAGGAGGUCCAUGUGGUGGAGACUUUAGAGUGUCCGGCGGGUCCUGACAUCAUUCCCAUCGUGGCGGGUGUGGUCGCAGGCAUCGUUCUGAUUGGUCUAGCUCUGCUGCUGAUCUGGAAGCUGCUCAUGAUCAUUCACGACCGCCGCGAGUUCGCCAAGUUUGAGAAAGAGAAGAUGAACGCCAAGUGGGACACGACAGAGAAUCCAAUUUACAAGAGCCCUAUUAAUAAAUUCAGCAACCCAAACUAUGGACGUAAAGCUGUGGCUCUAUAAGGAGAGAACCCCAUCUACAAGAGCGCUGUCACAACUGUGAUCAACCCUAAAUAUGAAGGCAAAUAAUGACAUUGGUUUCACAUGCAAGAAUGUUUUGGAAGGGAUGACUGUGCAGAAUUCCUCAAUUUUCCUUUGAUUUAUUGUCCAUUGUAAUGUCAUUCUUUUAGAUCAGUAUUGUAACUAUGUUUAAGGAAGUAAUAUUUUAUGAAGAACUGAUUGCCUCUCGUCCCUUGCAAACGUGUACAGGUUGUAUAGUCUUUUUAUUUACACCAGUGUUUCUUCUUUUAACCCUGUGUACAUUCACACAUUCUCCCUUUUCAAACAGAACAGAUCUUUGUGCCUUUGCAUAAAGUUUUCAAAAUUGCGGUGUAAAGGGAACCAUGAAUCUCACCCAAAAGAUUGCAAAAACUCAUCAAAUGCCAUUUUAUAACAUAUGAUUUUAUUUUUACAUAUAUAUCUGCAUUCAUACUGCUUUAUCAUUGAUGCUAUAAGUCAUAUGUUGGCAUAAGAAAAAUAUGUGACCGGUGUAUAUGUGAUUUUUUUUUUUUUUUUUUUUUUGGGGGGGGGGGGGGGGGGGGGGGGGGGGGGGGGGAAUGAAAGUUUGGUUUGAUAUGCUGAUAAUCUAUGCAUAUUCGUUUACUGUCAGACACAUCUUGCAUUUCAUGUCUUUGUUUUUCUUUAUUUCCCACCUAUUUUUGCUCUUAGAAACUCAUUAUGACACGUGUCUUGUGGUCAGCUGAAAAUGUCUGUGUAUUUUAUGUGUUAUGAACGAUUAUAUGUUGAAUUAUCAUGUGGCUCUUAACAAGUAUCAGUGUAUUCAGGUGAAAUCUUGUAGUUUGUAGUCAAUCGGUGUAGAAAGCCAAAUGUCCUUAAACCGCUCAUUAGAAAUGAGCAUGAUUAUUGAUACCUACAGUUGAAAUUUCAAAUGUUUUCAGAUAGUAUAUUUAAAAUAAAAAAGGACAUUGUAAUUCACACAUUAGAAAGCAAAGAUAAAGCUCUUUGCUACUGAAAAAACAAAAAAAAAAAAAAACAUUUUGAGAGUUACAUGGAGAAAAUGAAGAAUUAGAGUGUAUAGUUUUGUUUUCAAAAGUUUAUAUCAUAUGCUCAAAGGUACAACAAUCCUGUAUUUUUACUUAUUUUAUUUGGACAUAAUAAGCAGACAGUCUUUUAAAGCUACUGGAAUGCUUGACAAAAUAAUAAAUAUUAAGCUGAAGGAUGAUAACCAGAUAGUUACUGCCACAACACCCAAUGCAGCUUGUUUUUUUAAGUGCCCUUUUCUGGUUUUCUCAAUAUUGCCAUUUUGAAUUUAUUUAUUAAAACAAAAUCUAAAUGAU